AUGGCACAAGAACGGAGCAAACGAAUGAUCAACACGGCGGGAUGCAUAAUCAUAGGCGAUGAGGUACUCGGCGGCAAGACCGUCGAUACCAACUCCGCCUGGUUCGCCAAAUACUGCUUCUCCCUCGGCAUCAACCUCAAACGGAUCGAAGUCAUUUCCGACGAUGAAGACGAGAUCAUUGAGGCCACGCGACGCAUGAGCAAGAACUAUGAUUUCGUCAUUACAUCAGGCGGUAUUGGCCCAACUCACGACGAUAUCACGUACCAAUCCAUCGCCAAGGCUUUCGAUCUGCCAUUGAUAUUGCAUGAAGAGACAUUGGAGAAGAUGAAGAAGCUGUCGAAGCCUCGACCUGGCCAGGAGAACUUCUCGUGGGACGAGGACACGCCUGCGAGGAAGGCAAAGAUGAGGAUGGUGGAGCUGCCGUAUGAUAAGAACUUACCGGACGAGAUCCAGGUGAUCUUUGCUGCUGAGGACUUGUGGGUGCCGAUCAAUGUGGUCAAUGGCAACAUCCAUAUCUUCCCAGGCAUACCUCGACUAUUCGAGAAGAUGCUAACGGGAUUGAAACCACGUCUGGUUCCUCGUCUUACAGAUCCCGAGGGCAAGGGCGUGUAUCGGGUGUUGUUCAGUACACCUUUGCCGGAGAGUGAGGUGGCUGGAUACUUGACGGAGUUGGCUGGCAAGGUCAAGGAGAAGGGCAUCAACGUGGGCAGCUAUCCUCGAUGGGGCAAGUCGAGGAACACGGUCACGCUUGUGGGACGGGACAAAGAGUUCAUGGACUCUCUCAUUCCUGAGGUCGAGAAGAAUGUCAAGGGUCGGAGAGUCGAGGUGGAGGGCGAGGACGACGAUGAUGGGAGUGACAAAGAUGCAUGA